AUGCUGGAAUCCAGUGGUUCAUGUAUCAUAACAGACAUCAAAAGCGGUAUUUGGAUUGCAGGUACAAUGCAAACAUUGGACGCUAGGCACCUUGAGCUGUUCCUGAACGAAGGAUACAAAGAUGGAAGCUGGGAAUACAAUCUAAUUGGAUCUCAUAAGUUACAGAAAGACACAAAAGCAGCUUGUGGAGCCAUAUUUGAUCUCAAAAACCUUAAAGCAUCUUCAUCCUCAGGUAUUCUCAACCUCAAGUCAUGGAGCGAAGAGCCAGAUGAUUCCCAACCCAAAGCAGUCAUCGUACCUCACGCAGUAGCUGUUCACACAAGAUUCCAAGAAAACGAAGGAAUCCUUGUGAAGUAUCACGCGAUGAAACCAGGAACCGAUGGUGACAAUGUUUCCAUCAGAAUCUCCUAUCAGCUGCGUUUCAGAGAUAAUGACCCCAUCCCUGAACAGCGUAAAGAGAGGAAGAGGUGGACUCCAGAAGAUGACAAACUGCUCAUAAGCGCUUGGUUGAAUACAAGCAAAGAUCCUAUCACCGCGAAUGAGCAGCGAAUGGGCACCUUCUGGGAACGAAUUUCCAACUACAUUGCUCUCCAUUGUAAGGCUUCUGGUUUGGGUACGAGAGAACCAACUCACUGCAAGCAAAACUGGCAUAAGCUCCACAGUGAAGUCAAUAAGUUCUGUGGAUCAUAUGAGGCUGCAACAAGAGGGAAAUCAAGUGGUCAGAGUGAAGAUGAUGUCCUUAAAGUGGCUCACGAGCUCUUCUUCAGCGACUACAAGAGCAAAUUCAAUCUAGACCACGCAUGGAGGCUUCUGCGCUAUGACCAGAAAUGGUUAACGCUUUGCUCAACAAAAACUGAUGGACCGAGUAAAAGAAGAAAGUGUGAUGAUCGUUCCCAACCAGAAGCUUCUCACAGCUUCACCAAUGCUGAAGAACAAGCCACACAACGCCCAGGCGGAGUCAAGGCAGCAAAAAACAGAAGGAAAAAGAAAGCAGAAGAAGGCAAUGGUGUGGUGGACUUUGAAAAGCUUGAAAGCGCUUUCGUUAUGAGAGAGAGAUCCUCGAAGAUGGCUAUGCUAGAGAGUCUCCUUGCAAAGAAAGAAACUCUUUCUGAGAUUGACGAAACCAUAAAGCAGAAGCUUGCUUCAGAAUUGUUUAUGUGA